CUCACUUCUUCAGACACUGCCCAAGUAAGGCAAUAUUUCGAACAUCCCUAGUCCAACUCUUCAUUCAUCACCGAUUAUCGCUUUUUCGAGUGUGAAUUGAGAAUAGACGUAACAACCGGCAAUUACUGAAGUUUCAUUACAAAGCCAAUUUACCUAAUAUUUACAAGUCACCACUGUGUCUUGUCCUCACCUUCCAUCAGGCAACACUUUAUCAGGUCUCUUUCACUCACUUACCCUGAAUCUCAUCAGUCUCACUUUCAUAACAGUGACGCAAACACGGGUCAUAACAACCCCUACCGAACCCCCUGUAUAUUCGGGGUUUUCACUACCAUUCGCCCCAACACUUAAAUGGUGCCGCAGUCAAGCCGGAUAUCCCACCUCCUCCAUUCCCUACCUCAACCACAGUACACAACCGCGCGAUACCCAAGGUUUUCAACAUGGCACAUCCAAACCUCCGUCCUGAAACCCCUAAUCAUACUCCAUCACCCGUGUACAUUCAAACAAGCCCCCCAGGAUAUGCUUGUAUACACCCCACUGCGCUGGAUCCGGCAUAUAACGGACCCGCACGUCCUCCAUCGCCCGUCGUAGUCACAACACCAGCCGUGUCCAUAAACUCAACAACUGCAGUGGGAUUUGUAGCCAAUCAUACUAGAUCGUUCACUCCACAUUCCAACACGGAUGACUGUCCCAUUUGCCUGGACAGCUAUACCACUGAAGCCUGUCUUCAAAUUACAGGAAUUACAGGAUGCAACCACCGCAUUGGUAGCAUGUGUUUGCAAAAAAUGCUCGAUCACCAUCCAGGAGACGAGAAGAAAUGCCCGAUGUGUCGCACGGUCUGGAUAUCUGGCCUUGCCCCCAAUUUCGCUGCACAAGAUCGAAGUCUUGCUAAUAUAAGAGCGAUGAGGAAUAUGCUCCGGGAUAGAGGUGGAGAAUCUUCCAGUUCACACAAUCGGCUUCCACCCGGAUACACGGCGUACCCUAUUAUGACAACGGACAGUCAAGGUGUGGUACGAACUUACAUACAGCCAUCGUCACUAUGGCAGCGCCGAUAUCAAUCCGUCCUCAUUGACUCGUCAGAGGAAGAAGAAGAGGAUUACGCAACCCAAGUCAGGAACUAUGAAGAUUUAACAGCCCAUAUCGCUGAUAUACGGCGUCGAGCAGACAACCUAGUAGCGGAUCGGACCAACCGAAACAGACGCCAGGGUCGAUUGCAACACGGCCAUGAGGAGAGCCAGUCUGGCAGCGGUAGCGAGACCAACAGGGUCGAGUCCAGAAGAAGGAGAGGAGCCAUCUCCGCCAAUACACCAGGAGCAAACCCGCUCAACCGCUUCAUGAACGUGCGCGCAUUGAACGCUUUCCGAACCGCCGUGAACGGGACUGCACCCGAAGUCGCGGCUAGGGGCGACCGCUUCACCGGCCAUAUUAUGCGGGGAAUGGCGCGUGCACGGGAUGAGCCCAGUCCUCGAGAUGGGCAGCAUCGCGCCACGCCUGGCGAGGGCUUGAUGAUGGCAGGUCAACAGCAAAAUACCGUCUCAUCUGCCGGGACGCCUGCUUCUCCAAAUCUACAGACUCGUACUCGGCGUCCCGGCGCAGAUUUCGGAGUGACUGGGCCUCGCAGCGGUAUCCCACAACCUCACACUCGUAUCUCUCAGUCAUUCCGCUCUCCCGAAGCCCGCGCUCAGUACCUAGAUGAGCGAGAGCGGUUUCUGGAUGUCCGGUACACAAACUUGCUAAGGUGGGAAACAGCGCUUCAAGAGCGCGAGACGAGGGCAGAGAAUACACUUGCACUAAUAACGAGGCAAAGGAGCGAGUUGGAAGAAAUGAUGCGAAGGCAGCGAGAGGAAUCGGAUAGUAGGUAGGAUCUCAGAGUAGGCGUAUGGCGAUACGUACUAGCCAACGAAACAAGGAAAAACCACCCGAU